UCCACGCGUGAAAUAUUUCGUGCUUCGUUGGGCAACAGGCUGCGGAGGCUGUAUCCCGACUAUUCCGAAUUUCCAGAAUCGAUCGUAAUCAGGGUCACCGCCUGAACCGGUUACCACAUCACAGGGAUGCUCGUAGCGACCAUAAUCGCUUUUCGGUAAUGUCGCUUUGUCCGUCGUCGUCUCAUCAGCUUGUCGCAGCGGCGAUCGCUUUUCGACGUGCCCGCCGCAAAUUUCCGAAGGACUUCGGCCUCGAGAGCACCGUUGAACGUGCAUCCCUCAAUACAAAGAGCACGCAGGAAACCGCGACGUGCCGCGAAGGGCUCAUCAAUCAAGCGAGAUCGAGCUCCACGCUGAACGUGAAACGGGCGUGCAACUUGAGAUCUAAUCACGUUUGUCCGACGAGUGUGCGGAACCGCGAUUAUGAGCGUUCCUGGAGCAAGGAGAGCUCGAUCAGCUGCAGUUGCUGUCGGACACGAAACAUCGGCGAGGACAUAUCGGAGCUGCGGAACGAGUGCAGCGGCGGAGAUGCGGUCGAUACCGUGCCGAGCAGAGAGUGCGAGGAGUCCACGUCAUCAGAUGCCGAUCAUAAAAACGGAUUUGCAAAACCGGUCGAGCCGGACAGGUGCGAUGUAAGCUCGAGAAUGACGGAGGACGGCGAAGCGAUCAAAACGACAGAACGGAUCCCGCAAUCCGCGCGAUCAACAUUCUACCAUCAUUGUAAGGAGCGCUGCCAGUCGAGACCGCGCACGAAUGUAGAUCCCGUAAAUCGUCUGCGCGAUUCUGUACCUCACGAGAGGCAUGACAAGGUCGCGUGCGGCGACUUUACGGGAGAUAGAGGCAAGGAUUUCGAAUCGAGCUGUCACGGAACACCCAUCGAUCUUGACGUCAACGCGAAGGAGGGUCUCGUUACCAGCGACACUCCGGGCCAUGGUCCGGCUGUCGAAGACACGUGGAUGAGGGCGAGUACCUCGGCGACUCAUCGGAAAAUCGUGAAUUCGAUCUGGCGAUGUCGGUGCGAGUGUCAUCCACGGGAAGACUCCAUUUCGAAUCCACCGAGUUUGUCGUGCGAUCGUUGCAAUAGGUGCCAUCAUCACCGCCAUAAUUACCACUGCGAUUACCACGAUUGCGUCUAUCGACAUUGCUGCUGGGAGCAACGUGACAAUUCGUACAUAAGUGCAAAGAGGUGCGAGAUGCGCGGAAAUGGCAUCUCCGGCGAGAAAGCUCAGUACAAAAGCUCGCGCGAUCAGAUGCGAGGUGAGAAUGGUCGAUUGUACGCGCAGCGGUGUUACUUGAAGGAGUAUUCUGGAAUAAUACCCGCUUCUCGUGAGCGGAACGACGAGGGAGAAGAACGACGCAGGGAAAAGGGUGGUGACGACAACGACGGUGACGAGGACGACGACAAGGACGACGAUGAGGACGAGGACGGCGAUGUUGCUGUUAUCAAUCACAAGGACUCUAUGUGCAUUCUCGCUGAAAAAUAUAAAGCCGGCAGGAAGUGGCGCGGCGGAAGGUGCUGGGACAGGAUGCAAUCGGGCGACAGAGACAAGGAGGGGGACAAGGACGAGCGUAACAAAUCGUUGACUUCGGAAAUCAUCGAUCAGCCGGCGUCGCCGCUCGAGAGCGUAAACGCGAUUCCGCACGAAGGGCCGAGCGUGAAACACAUUUGCCAAGCCGCGCAUCGCGAGAGCUGCGGGACCGCCGCGAUUGUGAGGACGUGCGGACGUGGAUGUAGCCGACACGAGCCGCCGGAGGGUGAAUUCGACCGAUUGAAGUCUCCUUUGAACGAGACGGCUGCCGCCACCCGCUGCUGCUCGACCCGAGCGCAGACUUGUAGACAUGUCUUCUAAUCCAUUUUCGGUCCCGUGAAUGGACCUUCUACGUCCGCUUUACUAUUUUCUAAUUAUUUUCCGCAUAAAAAAUGUCGGUCGCGUGCCGGAAAUCGGGUCGGAAUAAAAAAAGCAAUGUAAAAUGAACUCGUAUUUCUUUAUCUAUAUUUUAAUUGUGGUGAUAAGUACCAUAUGAAAAGAACGACAUAUCUGGAAAAUUUAAGCAAAAUCGUCGCUCCUUUGCGCCUUUACAAUUCCAACUAUAUUGAAUUUUUUUUCUAACUUCUUAAAACACUUAUCCCCGCCGUGCAUUAAUGUAGCGGAAAUAAUGUAACGGAAUAUUAAAACGCUAAACGUCGAGAAUAAAAAUUAUGCAAAUCG